AUGCAGAAGAUAUUCAGCAUCGAGACCUAUUUGGGUCCGUUGUUGAUGCGUUAUAUUGGGAAGUAUGUUAAAUUGCGUGAUGAUCAAUUUCAACUCUCGCUUUGGGGCGGCGAUGCUGUUCUUAAUUACGUGGAGCUACAGUAUGACAUCUUUGAGGACCUGAUGCCCUUACAAGUUUGCUUCAAAUCGGGGCAUAUUCAUGAGCUGCGAAUCCAUGUGCCUUGGACCCACCUCGGAUCUUCUAGCGUUGUCAUUACUCUCAACACUGUCGAGUGCGUGCUUGCUUUUAAGCGCCCCGGUGAGCACCGGCAGCGACACCGAUUAGAGGCCGAGACCUUCACACCCUCUGACACACCUCAGCCGCCCAGCUACCUCCUAUCCUACCUUACCCGCAUCUGGUCUAACAUCGAGGUGGUGGUGAAGAAUCUCAUUGUCAAGUUCGUUGAAGGUGACGCUGUUAUAUCUCUUAACAUCCGCUCACUUGACUGUUUCCCUACUCUCCUCAACUGGCAACGCGGUGUGGAGGUGCAGUCCUCCGGCAAUUAUUGCCUCCAUCGUCUCCUCAGGCUAACUGAUAUGACUCUUUGCAUCGAUAGAUGUGAUGCCAAGGGGCACAUUAGUACCUACCAAGACCCGGUAAUUUACCGCUUCAGCUUUGACAUCCGGAUACAAACGGUUUUCACUCAGAAUAAUAAAGGACUGGCCUCAAUUUGUGUAGCAAACCUCUUUAGCCCCCGGCUAUUGGAGAUCAAUCUCAAUCAUGUGCAGAUACCCUUGAUCACGCGGAUCCUUGAGAUUUUGGUUGCACUCUCAAACGAUAUCAUUCGAUGGGAGGUACUUUCGGACGACAAGACAAUUGAGAAACAGCAAACUGGUGUCCAGCAUAAGGAAGUCGUAACUGGCAUUAAUGAGGAGGAUCUUACUCGGAAUCAGUCAUGGUCCCAAUGGGCUUGGUCAUUUGUCCCUUCCUUCCCUUCUUUCUCCUCCAUUUCUUCGGAAGACGAUAGUUACGACUUUGAUCAGGACGAAACGUUUCUUGAAUACCUUGAAAAACUAAGAUCGUGUGAAGCGCGCGCCGAAUAUGUGAGACUCCUCUACGAAGAUGGACUCGCAUUGCCUGAUGAGGCCGCCAAGAUGGCUCAUUAUCGACGCAGAUGUCUAUGGCGUUUGCGGAAACACAAAAAACCUUUGCCGGCUCUCGUUUUGGGUGUUUUAAUGAAAAAAAUUCAACUUCAUAUCAAGCUUCACGACCUACUUACACUUCACCCAAAGUCCGAGCUUCUGACUGUUAGUGAAAGUUCUGACCCUUUGGUCAAGGCUUUUUGUGGUCUUUUUGGUGCUGAAACAUCGCAUUCAAAUGAUGUAGUCGAAACUUCCGCGUCAGACAACCCCUUUGAUCGUAAUCAAGGUGUUAUUGACGCACAGCCAUCGUUUCCUAAUUUAUUUGUGCUUCCUCCGUUCUGCCGAAAGGAUUACCAUUCGACUUACGGAUCUGACUACCCACAACACAAACUUCCUCUUGCCCUGUGGUUUGAGUCAGUCUUCUGUCAAGAGGUCGAAGAAGAAUCUAUGGAAGACAGCUCAGAUUGUCUGUUGGAUCCAGAUCCGAUGGUUUACUCAUUCAGCAGAUCAUUCCUUGAUGAGGUCAAAGUUAAUUUCACUCUCACCACUUCCCACCGACUGCAGCAUUUCUUGGAAUUACUUGCCGAAGGUUCCAAAAAUUACAAGGCCUGUUCUGAUUGGGCUUCUCUUUAUGGUUAG